CCGGGGUGGUUUUAAUUCAGCAACCCAACAGUAACAUUGAGAUAACACGGGGUCAAAAAAAAAGACAUUGGCACUUGGUAACGUUAAGAGAAAAAUAUAAGUGAAAUUAGUUGAAUAUUGAGAAUGUAACAUUUUGAACUGACCACAGACACAGUGAAGCUUUUAGUUUGAGUGUGCUGAACCAGAUUCCAACGAUCUCUCAUCAUGCAGGAUAACAGUGACAGAACAAUCCAGUCUUCCCUGUUCACCUACAGUACAUCCCUUUGGGUAACCAUAGUAACCAGUAUACAGCACACAGAAUGGUUGAUGUCAUGACAGAGUAAAAAAUAAAUAAAUAAAUGAAUAAAGACACAUAAUGCAUGAUAUUUGUCCGACAUAUGUCCUUGUAUUCUUGUGCUCUUGCAGACGGAGCGCAGAGAGACUCUCUGAGAUGUGACAACAUGUGAGCACUGAUCCGGCUGUUUCAUCACCGACUGGACAGAAACGUUUUUACGUUUUCACUUCAGAAACUUACCGAAAUCUUUCUGAGGAUUACAUUUUCAUUCCACCAUGAUUCUCACAUCAGAGCCCCGUUACAUGUGUUUUGAUGGAAGGGCUGGUAAACUACAGGUUAUGUAACUCAUUACCAUUACCCUGCCGUUUUAUUGUUUUUGUUUUCCUAAAUAAAUUAACAAUAUUGCUCUCCCUCUCUGAACGCACCUUAGCAGCCGAUGUGAUUACAGUAAAACAUUUCAUAAUUACAAGCGCUUCAUUCCACAAUAUGACGAGGCACAGGCCCACACACACACAUAUAAGAUGUCUGAUGGCUCAGAAUAUACUCAUUCAGGGUGCAGCAACCAUCCUGUGAGGUAAUCAGUUAAAAAAGAACAGGGGGGAGUGAGCAUAAAAACAAUUUACAUCAAAUACCUUCAACACGUGAGUAAUUCCCUCAGAUUCUCCAAGUAUGACAAGAAAAUGUUCAUAUUUCAAUUAAAUCUUCCUCUCAGACCGCCUCAGUGUAAAUGUCAUCUUAGCUAGUUUUAGAAACAACCCAAUCAACAUUGUACUCACAUUGUGUUCACUGUAUCCUGUUGGUGUUUUUCAGGAAUUAAGUAGGUGAUUUGAAUAUUUUUUUGUCUCAUCAUACUGGAAUGUGACGACUUCAGAGGCAACAAAAUUAAAUCACAGAACACCAGAGGUGUGUGAUAACACUUUUAGCUUAGCAGCUACAGUGAAUAUUGCAGGCUUCUAGCGACUUGGACCACACCACACUGUAUGAAGCCAUUUACUUUUUUCUCAGUAGUUUUUUUAACAUUCCAAAACAAGUCCCCACCAUCUCCAGUUGUCUGGCAGAACGCUUCGACACUGUUUUGCUGUGAGGCCCCUGACCUGUUUCGUGGAAAUAUGAAACUUCGCUUGACUUGAAUUGACAUUUUUGGGUGGACUGAUCCUUUAACCCGACGGCAGGCUAGAGUUAAGUGUUUGACAAACAUGAGGGCUGGUGCUCUGAUGUGGCUCUCAGCAGUCUGAUUGCAGAGUGUUUUCGUGCCUUCUCUCACGCUGGGAGAGAGGUGGAGAUCAGUCAGCAUCUCGGAUCAAAUCAUCUCAUUUCCUGCCGUCGACGAAGUUUUUUUUUUUUUCUUUUUCUUUCUAUUUUUUUUUUUUUUUUUCUUAUUGAGCAUGUGUGUGUUGGGACCGCUGAUUGGAAGAUGUGUGAUGAACUCGGCGCGUCUGUCCCUGCGCACUGGAGCCUCCCAGCUCACCACUCCCCUGUGUGUUCGUGCUCGGCGCUCACACCUGAAGUGACAGAGGGGGAGUGAAGCUGCGAUGCUGGCCGCGCACGGAGCUGCUCAGGCUGCCUCUCCUGGAAAGCGUUCGCCGGGCGCGUUUGGAGAACAAGUCAGGCGGGAGACAUCAGCACGGAGGGGGGAUGCGCGCAUGUGACGGCCUGUGGACGUUUCCGAUUGUACCAGUCGGUCAGGGAAUUACAUCUCUCCAUCGGGAGCUACGUUUUUUUAGUUGUGUUUUUUUUUUUCUUUUCUUUUUUUAAAUCACCUGCGACUGGCUCCUUCUAACAUUUGCGCGCCUCGUCCGUCGCCUGCGGUUCGUCACAGCACCAUGCGAGCAGGAGAGACGCGCUCUGUGCCAUGCUGAACGACUCUCCGACCCUCCUGCUGGCUCUGACCGCGGUGGCCGGACUUCUCCAGCGAUGCCAAGGCUGGAGCGACGAAGACCUCCUCCUGCCGCCCAUCAACUCCUCCAACAGGUUCCUGGCCAACCUGGAGGUGGACGUGCGCUUCUCCAAGAGGUCGGUGGAGGAGAGCGAAGCCUCGCCCGACGCCUCCUCCCUGCAGACUCUGUCCCAGUGCAACGUGAGCGUCCAGAGACUCCUGCCCACCUCCCUGGUGGCGCGCUGGGACAGCAGCUUCGGCUUCCAUUGUGAUGUGCUCAUCUACACCACCAACAACCACGGAAGGGCUUUUUUCUCGGCGGCUUUCAACCGGGCCAUCUCGCCCGUCGUCAUCGAGCACCUCGGGGUCACCGGGGGUCAGCAGGAGCUGCGGCUGUGCGUGGGCUGCGGGAUGUCCCGCUACCGCAGGUUCGGUCAGGGCAGGGCGAGGGGCCAGCAGACCGGGGAUCAGGUCACGUUCUGCUGCGUGGAUUUCAGCCUCGAAGAGCUGAAGGGGGACACAAGUUGGAGGCUGAACAGGAAGCCCAUCGAGUCGACACUUGUGGCUUGUUUCAUGACUCUGGUCAUCAUCGUGUGGAGUGUUGCUGCUCUCAUAUGGCCGGUCCCGAUCAUUGCAGGAUUUCUGCCCAAUGGGAUGGAGCAGAGGAGACCCAGAUAACUGAAAUCAUCUUUAUUCUAAUUAGCCUGUGCUGCCUAUACUCUAAUUGUAGCCAUUCAACUGUUCACCUGAAUGAUUGACUGGGGAGCUGUGGAGGAUCUUUCUGAUCUUUAGUUCUGGGUGUCUUUAACCCUUAUUAGACCUCCUCCUCUUUAGGACAACCAAGGUAAAGUAUGAUGGAUUAUACUAGCCAAUAGUAAUCUAUACUGGGACCAAUGUGUUUUGUAUACCCGUGUAGGCCUUCCUAUAGAUCAUGUCAGCGUAAACUGUGCAAACUUUUCUCUUUAAACAGUGUUUGUAGAGUUUUUAAUCUUUCUAGAGAGUUUUUUGCCUUAUCCCAUGUGUAGGACUUUUGCACUGACAACUAAACUUUAAAGUGUGCCGUCACAUAUUUAACCUCUAGUCAUGUUCACAGUAAGUGUAAUAGUUUGUUUUAUUUUAUUUCAUUUUUCUCCGCCCUGAUACAUUCUGACAAAUAGGUGUUGUUUCUGACUGACUGACUGAGAGGGUUUCAAUAUUUAUAUUGUUAGAUUUAUAAUGUCAAGUUCAAUAAAUAUGCGUGCUUAUUUGUAUUAAUGUUUCAAUGAGAAUAAAACUGAUUAUAGGCUAUAACUCAGAUUCUCUCGGACCUGUUCUCUGUAGCCUAAUUCAGUUUGCCGCGGACCUGUUCCAAGUGAGCGCUGUCAACGUCUGUGGAAAACACAAAUUCAAUUGCUAGCUUAUUAGAGACACUUAGAACUAAUGCAAGAGUCCUGUGAAAAAUCAUUAGAGGCCGACUGAUAUAUCAGCUGGCCGAUACUAUAUGUGAUGAUAUUGGUCUGUCAGAUAUUGACGUGUAUGCUGUCUGAUAUAAGGAUUAUAUCGCAGAGAAAGAUGUUUGGGGUAAUUUGUGAUUAUUAAUUUCCCAGUGUAGUUCACUGUUUCAGUGCACUGACGUUAUCUCAGAUGAUGAAGUUUAUUGUUCAACUCUUAAUCUGAUAAUCCCGCCUCCGUUACAUGACUUUGUGUUGAAGGAUCACUGCUAAAAAUAUGCCUUUAUUGGCCAGUAUAUCAAUAACUGAGUUUAGGUCGAGCUCUGUAAUUAAUUUCUUUAUUUACUGAUCUGCCUUUAUUCAAACACACAAAUCUUUAAGAGCUGGGCCUCAUAUAUACGAAGAUGUGGAGCAAAGAGAAAGAAAACAAUACUGUCCAUGAAAUACAAGAGACAAACACAAUCGAUAAAACAAGUACCAACAGAGGUAGUUAAAUAUUUUUAUCCAGGGUCUGAAAUGAUGAAGGGUUACCAAAGUCUUCAUUGAACAUAAGGAGUUCUUAAAGUUAUCAUACAGACGUGUUUAUUGAAGUAUAUGAUCUUUUUGGAUGGUGGUUAUUUGUGGUGCUGUUCACUGGUAUUGCAUCAUACACAGUGAUGGACCAAGAUAUAGUCAGUGUAAUGCGCACAACGCAAUGCGACUCAACAGCUUCUCAUAUGAUCGUACAUAAAUCAUUACACGUAUGAUCCUGAUGGUUUUAAGUGCUUGGCUGCAUCCAACACUGAUUACAUUCAGUUGGUUAUUAAUUAAAUUGUUCACCUGACUAAAUGCAGUAAGCUGCUCAUGUGACCAUGCCUGCUUUAAAAAUAGAAGCUACUGUCUACUGACGCUGAUUUUUUUUUUUUAUUUCUCAUAAAAUUAUUCAUUUCCUGGUUAUAUGACCUAAUACAACUUUAAAUUAGCAUCUAUAUAACUUCAAAUAAUUUCUUUACCUGAAGUGAAGGUAUAGAAUUACCACCAGUGCUUUAGCAUCUGGGUCAAAAUACUCUUUUUGAGCAGCAUUUUAAUGUUGCAGCUGGUUUAUGUAAUCUUACAGACUCUAUGACACUGUUCGGUAGUCGAAUGAUCAGCAGUCCAUAAACGCUCAUCAUACUGCAAACUGUGUAAAAUCUGUGUUAGUCCAGUCUGUGAGGCUGAGGUGACUGCUCUGUCCCUGCUCUCUGCUCUCUGACGAGUGUAGAUAUAGCUUUCAAAAAUCUAAUGGUUGUUCCCAUAUAUUUUGAGACAAAUGUAUUGUUUUGCACCCAAGAACUGAAGACAAUUCUAUCACAAACAACCUGUCCUUGUUUGGAUUUGAGAG